AUGGCAAUCCACGCCGAGGGUCUCGUGGCAAUCGUGCUCUUUUAUCUCCUGAUUCUGUUCGUGGGGAUCUGGGCAGCGUGGAAGAAUAAAAAUUCAGGUGUCACCGAGAGUGGAGAUCGUAGCGAGAGUAUUAUGGUCGGGGGAAGGGACAUCGGACUCUUUGUUGGUGGCUUCACGAUGACCGCCACCUGGGUUGGCGGGGGUUAUAUCAAUGGGACAGCAGAAUAUGUCUACCUGCCGGACUACGGUCUGGCCUGGGCACAGGCACCCUUUGGUUAUGCUCUCAGCCUGGUCGUGGGGGGACUUUUCUUCGCCAAACCCAUGCGAUCACGAGGAUACGUCACCAUGCUGGACCCCUUCCAGCAGCUUUAUGGGGAAAGGAUGGGCGGCCUGCUCUUUAUACCCGCUCUCAUGGGGGAAAUCUUCUGGUCUGCAGCAAUUUUGUCUGCUUUGGGUGCAACCCUCAGUGUGAUCGUGGACAUCAACAUCAACAUGUCUGUGGUGAUCUCAGCAAUGAUUGCUAUCUUCUACACACUUGUCGGAGGACUGUACUCUGUUGCUUACACAGAUGUGGUCCAGCUGUUCUGUAUUUUCUUGGGUUUGUGGAUCAGCGUGCCUUUUGCCCUUUCUAAUCCCGCUGUGUCUGACAUCACGGUUUCAGCCAAAGAGGAAAUCUAUCAGUCUCCCUGGCUUGGUGAUAUCAAGCCUGAAGACCACUGGCUAUGGGCAGACAACUUCUUUUUGCUGAUGUUGGGGGGGAUCCCCUGGCAGGUGUAUUUUCAAAGGGUUCUCUCUGCCUCUUCAGCUACCUACGCUCAGGUUCUCUCCUUCCUUGCUGCCUUUGGUUGCUUGGUAAUGGCCGUCCCCUCGGUUCUCAUUGGAGCUAUAGGGGCUUCCACAGAUUGGAACAAAACUAGUUAUGGUCCUCUCCCUCCAAAGGAUAAGGAUGAAUCAGAUAUGAUCCUUCCCAUAGUUCUUCAGCACCUUUGCCCUUCCUACAUCUCCUUCUUUGGUCUGGGAGCAGUGUCAGCUGCUGUCAUGUCAUCGGCGGACUCGUCCAUACUGUCGGCCAGCUCCAUGUUUGCCAGGAACAUCUAUCAGCUAGCCUUUCGGCAGUCGGCCUCAGAUCGGGAGAUCGUUUGGGUGAUGCGCCUCACCAUCUUUGUUUUCGGAGCACUGGCCACAGCGAUGGCACUGUUAACGGGAUCAGUGUAUGGCCUGUGGUACCUGAGCUCAGACCUCGUCUACGUCAUCAUUUUCCCCCAACUUCUCAGUGUGUUAUUCGUCAAGGGUACUAACACCUAUGGGUCUGUGGCGGGCUACAUCUUCGGUCUUCUGCUCCGCAUCGGAGGAGGAGAGCCCUACCUAAAACUUCCACCAUUCAUCUAUUACCCCGGCUGGGUCACAGCGGAGAAGAUCCACCACCUCACCGGAGAGGUGGAGUACUUUGUGCAGCAGAGGUUCCCCUUCAAAUCCAUGUCCAUGGUCGCAUCCUUCUUGGCAAACGUGUGCUUUUCUUACCUGGCAAAAUACCUCUUUGAAAGUGGUAUGCUGUCCCAUAAGUAUGACUUCCUGGAUGCAGUGGUGUCCAAGCAUAGCAAGGAGAAUAUGGACAAGACCACACUCGUGACCAACCAGGACAACAUCAUUCUUUCAGAGAUGGCUCCUGUUAGGCAAACGCUCGGUGCUUCCAUUGCUGGGACGUUCACCAACACAGAGGUCCUCAGCGAUGACGGAGCAUCAAGUCCAGAGUCUUUCCACAGCGAGAACUAG